AUGAGCGAGAAAUACUCAGAACACAAGGCCGUGUUGGCAUGGUCGAUGUUAUCGGAGAACGUGUAUCAGGAAGAGCAAUUUAGGUACACUUUAUACGUCGAUAUUAGGCCAUAUAUGCGUACAAGGCCUAACGCUGACGUACCAGAACUCAAUCUGAACCAAUGGGGUAGGAUUCCCCCGUCGGAUACUCGUCGACAGCAGAUGCAGAUUUUCAAGGCGGCCUUGGAGUGUCACAUCGUAGCGGGCUUUUGCGCAGCAAGCAUUUCUACCACAAGCAACGACACUGCAAAGGGCAAUUCGCUCAUGAUACCGCUAUACCUGGCUCUGCUUCCCGCUUUCGCGUCUGCGUAUACCUUCAACUUCACGAGCAUUCCGCAGCAAUGUGAGAACCUCGACAUCAGCAUUGCAGGCAGCGGCAAGCCACCAUACUCAGUCACGAUUAUCCCGUUCGGGCCGUCACCGCUGGAGAACAACACUGAGGUCAGGCGGAUAUUCCAGACGUCAUUCUCUGGGUCGUCGACGAGCUUCAACCUGCCAUACCCCGCAGACUCUCAAUUCGUCGCAGUAGUCAGCGAUUCAUCUGGGUUCGGCUCUGGCGGGACGAGCAUCGCAGCAACGGUGCUUUCAAGCAGUGCGCCUGUAUGCUACAACACGACGGAGGUAUCGCCCGCGUGGGCGUUCAGCAUCGUUCCCGCAAAUCAAUUGGUCGAGUGCUCACCCACGCGCAUCUGGUGGAACCCUUCGGUCGUCCAAGGAACACCUACAUUCCAGGGUGUCAUUCCAGGCGGGCAGUCGUUCUCGAUACCCGAGUCAAACUUCUCAACCGUACCUGAGGAGGGCUACGGCUUCGACUGGACGCCGUCCGUGCGGAUAGGCACGACGGUGAUACUGGUGGGCAGCGACAACAGCGGGGCAGGCACCGGCGGCAGCGGACUGUACAUCGUCUCGCAGGGGUCAUCACAGUCCUGCCUUGACGCAAGUUCGCCGUCGUCGACGCCGGGGUCGCCAGCAGGUGGAACAUAUCCUACGAGUACGAGCGGAGCAGGCGUAGGUGAUGGAAACAGUGGAAGCAGUGGAAGUCACACGAAUGUCGGUGCUAUAGUUGGCGGUGUCAUCGGCGGUGUGGGAGGCGCCAUCGUUCUAGCAGUGCUACUUCUCCUGUUCCUCCGCCACCGCAAGCGCGCCUCACAGACACCGAAAGAGCGACCGGUAGACCUGCUCAAUGACACGAGUGAUCAUGACCAUGACGAUGGCGGGUUGCCACAGUAUUAUGAGCCCGAGCCAUAUGUCAUGCCAGAGCCGACGGUGCUCUCCACCGCGGAGGGAAGCAGUCAGGCGGGCUCGGAGCGGCGGCAAACGUUGCUGUCCAUGCCGAGCGGGCUGCGCCCUGGUACGCCGGACUCGCUCGGCAUGCGCAGUGGGACGACAGGCUCGCGCAAGUCGCCCGCGCCGCCGACGCUACGGGCGGUGAACAUUGUCCAGCACGAGGAUGCGGGUCCUCCGGAACCGGCAGACCAAGAGGAAGAACCGGAGACAAUCGAGCUACCGCCUGCAUAUACAAAUCUGCGAAAGCAGCCGCCAACGCAGGCGGGGACUGUCGUACGUGCCAUAGACCAAAAUCACUCCUUAGUCAUGGACAAUUCCCCCCGUAUAUCAUGGCACUUUAGUAGUCUCGGUACUGUACCUCCAUACUACGCCCUCGCUGGCCCGAGACUACUCGGUGCUUCGACACAAGACGGUUGA